GAGCACACAGCACGCCACCACAACACCAACACACCCUACAGAGCACAGAGAGAACCUAAAUCAGAUGUCACUCACAACACACACAACUGCAUCACAUUUAAGAAUUUGCUUUAUAAUGCACAGGGUUACUCCAUUAUACACAGAUUAAUCCCACAAAAUCCAAACUGGAUGCAUAACACCCAGCUUCCUCCCACAAAGCACAGACCCACAACACACACACACACACGCACACACAACUCAGCACUAUACCCUAUAUUACACAAACACACACAGCCACACAGAUUUUUAUCCCAUAAUGUGUGGAUAUAUCUGAUACUCACAAACAGGCUUCCAAAUUCAUGCUCCAACACUUGUGCCAUGAUACUGAGUCUCAUCCUGCAACAUACAGACUCACCCAACAAUUCAGGGGUGGCUCCCAACACACGCUCAAUGCAAUACACAGACUCAUGCAGAGGCACCUAUGUUCUACAGUCCAUAGACCUGCUCCAGAGCAGCUCAGCACGCACAGACGUGCCCUGUACAAAGCAUGGAAUUCAUUAUAACACACAAACUAACACACAAUGUAAGUCCUUUCCCUGUAAACUCAGACAGCCUCACAAAUACACAGAACACUCCAUAAUACAUAUUACAUCUCCCAAGACACCUAGAGGUGCUUUAAUAUGUACAGAGGAGCUUCACAAUGCUCAGCGUUGCAGUGCACAAAACUUUGCUCUGUGGUGCACAAACCCCUCCACCCACAAAAUGCCCACCUGCCUCUGAUUCACAAACAUGCUGCAUAGCAGCAAGAUGUUUCCCAUGAACACAGAGAGGUCCCCAAAUGCUCAGACAUAGUCCAUGCACAUACAUACACACAUGCACUCUACAACACACAGGCAUCGUACAGUGCGCAGAACACCCCCUCAAUAGCGAUCAGCCUCAGAAUACCUGGGCACCUGUACAGCGUAGACACCCUCCUCAGAGCAACAUGGCUCCCCCAGGACUUGCAGAAUUGCAUCACAAUUUACAGACGUCCCUGAUAAAGCACAGACUUGGACAACAAUACUGACUCAUUCUGCAAGGCACACAGACAUGCCAUAAUCCAGGGACUGACUACUCACGACACAUAAGCAUGCCUUUCAAAAUAGAUGCUCUUGUAAACACACAAAAUUCUCUGACAGCUCACAAAAUCACAUCACCACACAUCUUCCCUUUAGAGCAGAGGCUGGCCACACAGUUCACAUGGUUGGCCCAUGGCAGAAAGCCUUGCCACACAGUGCAAACAUUUGCACCUUGAUUUCCAAACUUGAUUUAAAACAAUGCCCUCUGAACAAGAUCUGGUCUCUCAAUUCACAGAUAAGCCCCGUAAUCCUUGGGUAAAUUUUUCAGUCCCUGGGUGCUCUGCAACCCAAGACAUGCCACAACACCUAGACAUACCCCACAAGGCCCGGAGACCUGCCACAAAGCAAAACACCCCCCCAAAAAAGGGGUGGUACAGAUUGUGGUUAAAAGCUUACACUUGAGGUUCAGACUUACUCGGUUCCAAUCCCACUUAUCACUUAACACUGUGUGACCUUGGGAAGGUUUCUUCGCUUCUCUGUGCCUUUUCUCAGGUAUAAAUUGGGAAUAAUAAUGCCUGUAAAGUGUUUAGAACAGGGUCUGGCAUGGAAUUAGUGUUGUCAAUGUUAGCUGAUCUUGUUGCUGUUGUUGUUGCUGUUGUUGUUUCUACACAUGGAACUGGACCCUAAUGGAGAUGGGAGCUGGAGAGAGCCAGCUGGUGGGGGAAGAGGGAUCCCUGCCCAGUGCCCGUUUGCCACCUGGUGACCAUAUUGAGAACUUUGCACAUUACCUAUUUACUGAGGCCGUAAAAAUUACCAAAGAUCUGAAGAGAGGACUCCUGAAGCAAGCUCUAAGCCUUGCCGCCUGCCCAGGCGAUCAGGACGGUGGGCGACUGUUACCGCUGAGGAAAAACAAGCAGAUCCUGGCGGGGGUUCUUAGCGCUUUGGCCUUGAUAUGGGUUAAUGGACCGUGCUUCUCGCUGCCCUGCCGGGACGGAGUGGGGCGGGUGGCCUUAGCGGGGCAACCGAGGUGGUGUCCUGACACAGCGACCAGUCAGAAGUGGCAGCACCCAGUCUCCCACCCCGGUGGGGCAGGGGCCGGCCCCGCGCGCAAGGAGUGGCCCUCGGGCGAGCAGCGGGGCAGCAGGCGGGCGGGCGCCGGAGGGGCCACCCACGCGGGCAGGCUCUCCCGGGAGCAGCUGGGGGAUAAAGGCUGCGCUGAAGGCCGCUGCUGCAGAGGAGGCGCGCUGCAGAGACAACACACGUCCUCCCCAGAGGGGGCAUAUUGUGCCUUGGCGGCUGGGAGAGUAGAUCGCGCGCCGGGAGCAGCCACCCGCAGCUGCAGAAUCCUGGCCGUCACUUACCCCUCACUCGAAUGACCACAGCCGGGAUACGGUCGAGUGGACGGAGGCACUCGCCUCAGGCCCAAAAUUUAAGGGCCCACCAAGACACUCAGUAAAUAAGAAAAAAAAUAUUAAUGCCGUAUCUUUAAAAUUCAAACAAUACAAAAAUUCCAUGAUGAACAAUGUAUGAAAAUAUUAAAAAUAAAGACAUGACCCGAUCCUGACUCGGCACUUGGCCACGCUUCCUCACCCGAGCCCCCAGCUCUGCAAACCAGCUCGGAAGUGAUCCCUCCUCUCUCCGCCGUGUCAAGUCCCGGACCUCGGCCGUACUCAGCAUCGGCUCCUCCGCUGCAGUGAGCUGGGUUUUCCCUGUGUACGUGCCUCCCUAGCUGUGCAGAAGGAAGUAGGGACUGCUGCUUCCCCACUUGUGCCUCAAGGAGCCAAGCCCCUCGCUUUGCACCUGGCGUGGGGCCAGCGUGGAGUUCGGCAGUCACGGAAGGCCAGAGUUUAUGCAGUGGUGGCCCCAGGUUGCAAAGUUCUGCAUUGGAACCACCGAACCCCCACCGAAGCCAGUGAAAAUAAGGUAAAGAGGAAGAGCAAACGGAGGAGGGGAUCAUGAAACUACUGUUCAAAUUUAUGUUCUUUUUCUCAAAAAAAAAAAAUAUUUGGAAGCUUUGGGCAUGGCCAGUCCCCUGAAAGAUCAGGGGAAAGGGCGAAGUUGUCGGAGCACUUCCCCAAGUCCUGGUUUACUAAACUGAGUUUGCUUACCUUGCGGUGCUAAAUAGUCAAACAUUCUGCUUGGCAUGAACGGGGAAGAAAUUGGGGAAGUGCAGACCUUGCGGACUGCGUGCGGCAGGGCUCACCACCCACCUACCUCGGCUUCAGUGUUCCUUCUCUGCCCGGGUUGCACUGUUCCACUCUGUAGCCAGCGGAGGGCACUGUUGCUGCGUAGAAUCCAUUUUGACUUUUUGGGGGAAAAAUUUUCAGAGCUAAAAGAAAAAUACUUAGCUCCAGUAAGAAAUAUGUAUAAGCUCCCAUGAAAUUUUAAUGUGAAAGAUAGAUUAUUAUUAAGAACUUAUGGAUUUCUAUUUGAUUUAAUGGCCCAUCGAACCACGAGAGGACAGUGAAGAUGUUUCAUAACUGUCUUUGUUAUCAAGAUUAAAAUAGCAAGAACAAAAUAGCAACGUUAUAAUAAAUAUCAGCAUGAUAUCCCUGAAUUAUUUAGGGAACAAACAGGACUUUUUCUCCUAGGAAUGUGUGUGCCAAGUCCUAGUAACAAGAAAGAAUAGGUCUGAUUUGUCCUAAACAUCUGCUUUUUUUAUGCAUUGCAAACAUAAGCCCAUUCAUUAAUAUCAGGACAGUUAAAUGUAACUCCAUCUUACCAAAGAAAUGUGGCAUCUGAGGCCCUUUAUGAUUUGCCUCAACAGACUUUUCCAAAUUUGUUUUUUACUAUCCACUUCAGCCACCUUGUGUUUUAGCCUCAUCUAGUCUAGUCCCCAUACUUCCAGCACUUUCCUGCCUCUGUCUUCGCCCCUUUCUUACUUCCCACUCAACUCACACCCUUCUGCAUAUAUUGGAAAUCCUACAUUAGAGCUUUAAGGUCCAAUUCCAAUGCGGACCCUUUUGUGAGUGCUGCAUACAGGUCUUACUGGCUCUACUGUGAGCACUUAUGCAAUGAAAUGACCUAUUCUGUUCUAGAUGUCAAGACAUUCACAAAAUGAUUAAAAUAUGGAGAAACAAAAGGCACUACAAAGAAGUGCCAUGAAUGCUGUAAUCAGAGUAAGUGCGGGAAGGAGGCUCUGGGAGCUCUGAUAGUGGUUUCCAGUCAGAACCAGCUGGAGGGAGCAGGGAAAGCUUCUUGGAAAAGGUGGUGCUUGAACUAGUGUUGAAAGCUAAGGACAGCUGGAUGGUUGAGGUAGCCCCUCACCUGGCUGGCUUGUAGGUUACAGGGGAGGAUGGGAGGAGGUAGUGGGGGAGGAUAUUAGGAGAGUAGGCAGGGUGCCAUCAAUCAGAGGAAGGUGGGACUUUGCUCAACAAUCCCUGGGGCCUCAUGGGAGUGAUUUAAAGAGGAGUAAGUCCUGGAUUAGACUCCUAUUUUAGGAAGGUUGCUCUGGAGGCAGUGUGGUCGGUCAGUAGGCUUGAUAGCAGGGUGAUGACAGAAGGCUGCAUUAUUCUUCAGAUGAGGAAUGAAGGGCCUGAACUGAACCAAGGCACAUAAAGUGGGAAUGGACAGAAGGGAGAAGGUUAGGCCCCAAGAACACAUUGUUUGUGCACAGACUCUUAUGGAAUGUGUGGCUUUCUACCUUCUAAUGUGUUAUGUUUAUCUACCUUCUAAUGUGUUAUGUUUAUCUUCCGAGAAGACUAAGUUCCUUGAGAUGGAGGCUUUUCCUCAGUUCAUUUGUUCCUCGUAUCACAUGGCCUUGUAUAUGAUAAGCUCUUAUCAGCACAAGUUGAUUGAGGAGAACGAAUGAAUGUCUGAAAUGUUUGAUCAUGGGGGUUUACUUUCGAAAUGCUCUGUUAUUGCUCUUUGGUCUCAAAAGUCAGUUGAAUGACAUCUUUGUUUAUCAUGUUAGUAAAUGCAUUGUGGGAGUUUAUGAAUCUUGAAAAAAAGAUUUCUCAUUGUUACCAUUCCUACUGGUUACCAUUUAUGGAUAUUAUACUUGAAAAUGUUAAAUGAUUCUAAGGGUCUGUACUUUUUGGGCUUGUGUAUGUGUUUAAAAUUUUUGGAGGAAAAUGAUCAUGAUUGCUCUGCACAGCUUAUAUAAAAGCAAACCCCUUAAGACCAAAUGUCCUUUCAUAACAAAAGCUGCAAUGAACUCAAUCCUGUUUAUUCAUACAAAUCCUCACAGGGUGUGGCAUUUACAAAAUUCUUUGUUCUUCUCAGUUGAAAUGCUGUUAGAAAAACAUCUUGAGAGCCUCCUGCCAUUUUGGGCACUUGAGCAGUGUGAGCCCCAACUCAUGACUUCAGAGCUCAGUCAGCUAGGCUUUAUUUCACCUUACAAUGUAUUCUAGGCAUCCUUGGACUCACAAGGACUAGAAGAAUGAUGUUACACUGUCAACCCUGUAGAUAAACAUACUUUGGAAAAAUACCCUGAGUAGAGGUACACUUCAUUAUACUGUUAAGCAGGAAAAUACAUAUGAGUGGGGUGGAAAGAGAAAAAGGCCAGGAAAGUCCACUAAAAAGACCCAAAGUUAAUCAAUUA